AUUAAUUAUUUUACUUCCGAUCUAUUUACGGUUACUUUAUUUCAAUUCGUUUCUAGUGUUUUUUCUCGUGUUUUUUACGUAAUUUCGUAAAGUAAUCGCUUGCAUAAUUUGUACACUAUGACGCAAAAAAGCGUUUAUACCUUUAAUUUAUUAUAUUGCACUAUAUCUGUAUUACCAAUAAAGUGCAGUUUUUUGUGUAACAAGACAUUAACACACUCAUUGCCGAUUGAAUGCGACAACCAAUAUGACUCGCAAAGGGGAAAAAGGUCGCGUGCUUUUUUUGCAUGAUAUAAUCGUACUGUAUCUCAUGUAUCAUUUGAGUUUACUUAUGUAAAUUGUAUUGUUUAGAAUUAUAAUACAUGUAUACUUGGUUUUGCUAAGACGUAUAUACAUAUUAUCACUUGGUUUUGCUAAGACGGACUUUGAAUCAUCAAAAAACGAAACGAGAAAUUCAAAUUUGCGGUGUCACCGGCUGGCUUGUGUCAUCGAGUGACGUCUGGUCGUCAUGAAUUCUGGAGACUUUAAGAUAUUAGAAUAUCGAAAAUAGUUUUUAAUCGUUCUCGCGUGAUCCGAAGCGAAGAAGAUAAAGAAAACGUGUAGAGAAAAAAACAUGUAUAGAAAUGCAACGGCAAUAAACUCAUGAGAAUUAGAUCAUGUCGAGAUCGCUAUUGAUCGGGAACGUAUGAUUCUCCAUAAAUAAUUAAAGGAUUGAUUACAUGUAAUUUUAAAUGUUACAUGUAAUUAUAUAAUGAUUGUUAAUUUUGGUGCAAUUACGGUAAUAAUUCUGUGAUAUAUAAUUAAUUCUCUAAAAUGCGCGCACGUUCACACAACAAAAACAAAAAAAAACAAACGCUAAUUGACUUUAAUUGUGAGAAAGGGGAAGUUUCCAUCUAACAUCUGCCGUUCAUCAAAAUACACGAGAAAAUGUGAAGCCAAGAGAGGAUGUAUUCAUCAGAUUUGAGCUGCAGGUUCUUACCGGCCUAUUCGAACACAAUGACAUCGCAAGGGUGGGUGCUGCCGCUCCUGGUCGUGAUUGUUCGCGCGAUCGUUUUGAUCUCCGCGGCCCGGCUGCCGAAUCAGGAAUCCCUGAGAGGCGCUCUGGACGCCGUGAACGCCUGGAAGCAGCGAUCUUUGGACUCCGCGGACGUCGCGCCGGAAUAUUACAAUGAUCUCUACUCCACGUUCAAAUAUCGCGACAACGAUGUCGGGCGCAAAUUCGACCGCAACUUCGCCGAAAACGAUGAGGACAUAGAGUUUUUACCUGGCGAUAACAGCCGGUUGGAAAUGGGCGAGGGUCUUCAGAACGACAAGCUGCUCGAGAGAGCGCUGUUGGAUUAUUUGGAGAAUCUUCCCGAACAGGAACAGCCGGCGCCAUCGAUAUUCCGCGAGCGCGAGCGAAACGGCAGCCACAAACGAAAUGGAGUCGGCGAUCGAUCGGACAAGUUUUCUUUGGAGGAAUUGCAGGAAGUACCGCCGUACGAUCCUUACACGAACGAUUCUCACUUCCUCUUCGACGCGAAGAACAUGAACGAGCAUUUGGAUGGCAUUACUCAGCAACAGCUGCAGGCACUUCUCGACCGAUACUUUUCAGACGAUAGAGAGAACAACAAGAUGUAUGAAAUGACAGGACCCAUGUCUUGGGGCGAGGCGAUUGGCAGGAAUCCUGUGCAGCCGAGAGACGACACCAACGAUGACUUUCUAGAUCAGAAUCAGGGUGUUCUGUAUCUGCCGUCGGAGGAACGUAGAAACGUAAACGCUCGAUAUCCCAUCGGACGUGAAUUCGGCACCUACAGCAAGCUGACCAAACGUUACCCAGUCGCUAAGAGAAGCGCCUUGAUACCGUUCGGUCUCUCGUCCAAACCCUCCCAGACCAAGACCACAGAUCCUAAGGUUGCUCAAGACUUAGGAGCUCUUUUCGGCACGCAAACGACGGACGUACCUAUACCCACUCAUGCACAAAAUAACGAACACAAACACGAUCACGAUCAUGAUCACGACCACGACCACGACCACGACCACGACCACGACCACGACCACGACCACGACCACAAUCACGAUCACGAUCACGAUCACAGUCACGAACACAAUGAGGAUCACGAUCACAGUCAUGAAAGCUCGUCAGAAACACCGUUGAAAGUUGCACCAUCUUCGAAGGGUCAGAAGGAGAACGUCACGAAGACAGACAAGUCGAUGUUCCUCCAAGUGAGAAAGAAGAGCAUCGACUGGUCGCAGUACUUCGGCAUUGACCGAAGGAAGAAGAAAGCUACCUUCGUAGCCGGGGGUCAGGGAACGCAAAAUCGCGACGACGAGUGGAUGCUGCAACGUUAUUACGAAAACAUGGCUGAAAAUUUGAAGCCCAAGGAAGACGAAAAUGAGCGAAAGGACAAACUCGAACAGAUCGAUUCCAAAUUGGAUUACAUUAAAAGCUUGAUUAUCGAAGAAGCCUUGAAAUACGCUAAUUUGGAGGAAGCGGAUCUGGAAAAGGCGAAAGAAAAAUUAAUGACGCGAAUGGCGACUGCUUACUUGCUACAGAAGAUGCGCAAGGCACAGGACGAUCUCAGAGAAAAUAUUGCUGCCCAGAAGGAAGCGAGACUGAAAAAGGAGAACGAGACAUCAAGUUUCUGGAAGGACAACAAGUCGAGUGACGACAACAGAACGAAUGACAAACGGAAUAAUGUUAAAAACACUAUAGACGAUGUUGUUGAAGAGUCCAGAAGUUGCCCGGAAUUGGAAAACAUCGAGUGGCGAUGUAGAACCGUGGAUCGUUUAGCUGGUGAUACUUCUAGGAUGCUUUACGUGCACUGCGUGAAGCUGCAGAUUUGCAAAGCUUGUGCACAGGACGAAGAGGCGCUGUUGCCCUGUCUCGCCAACUACGCGGUGGAGGUCAGCAAGGUGUGCGACACUCUGGACGGUAGGGAGGAGGAACCGGCGAGGCUGUCCACGGCGACUCGGGAGAACGAGAAAUUACCGUGUGCGAAUGUCGCGCUGCUGCUGUCGCAGUUGAAACCGUCCACGGCAGCGUCCAUGCAAUGUCGCGCGCAAAACGGCCACGAGUCGUGUCUACGGCGCUACCACGCGCGCUACGAGCACCGCUACUUCCACACGUCGCCGGUAUACGGCGAGACUUCCGGAUCGCGUCGCACGCAUCACGCGGACACCCUCGACGCGCUACAGCAAACCAUGCGAUAAAAGGAAUCGAACCAACAAACACAUGGGAACGCUCCGGGAUUUUUAUGUUCAAUCCGCGACCCGCAGAACAGCGGAAUGCCAAUUACGUCCGGCCUGUACUUUGAUUUUUUCCGAAUCGGUACGGUUUAACACAAAUGAAAAAAAAAAAACCAAAUUCGAUAAUUAUAGCGGUUUCAUUUGAUAAUUCGAACCCGUUGAUGUUGCACAUUUUUUAAUAUAGUUUACACGUAGUUUAUACGAUUCUAUUCUCUCUUGCAGUUUUUUUUCUCUCUCCCCCUCUCUAUCAAAAAUUAUCAAUUUAGCUUGAAAUUGGCAUUUUGCUGUAUCGAUAAUCUUCUAUUAUUUUAACAAAGCGUGGAUCAAGACUAAUUCCCCAGUGAGUAAAGUACUUGUAAACGA